AUGGCGACACCCGUGGCGGACCCUCCCACCCUCGACUCUCUUCCACAAGAGAUCUUCGAGAUGGCCGCUGACAACCUCUGCUGCGAAGACCUUGGUCAUCUUCGCGCCACGAACUACAAUAUGCUCGCAAAGACCAAACGAACUUUCAUCGCUCACACAUUCCAGACCAUCGGAUUCAAUUUGAACGACGAAGAGGGGCUGCAAGAAGCAAUCACGAUCGCCAAAACCCGCGAGUUCGGAACUGCCAUUCGCAAACUAUGCCUGUACACAGAUGAACUCAACUUGGCUUCGCACUACAGUACCCGUGCCUUCAACGGCGGCAAAUCCCUUCAGGACAAACAACAAGAGUUUCGCGUUUCAAAGAGGCCCUACCUCUUGUUGACGGCGCUCUUCUCCACGCUGCGUCGAGAUUGCAAUAUCGACAGCGUAUUUCUGGUUGACACGAGCAACGCGGAUUAUGGACCCAAACCGGUGCUCGGCUCAACUUAUCGAAAACACCAAAAGAUGACCAAGCAAUUCUUCCGGGACAGUUCUCACCCCGAAGACAACACCUACAUCCUUCUCGAAGCAUUGAGUCUUAGCGGCAUCCAGCUUCAGGGACUCUACCUUGUCGACUCUCAGUAUUGCAUGGCAAAGCUGAUCGGUGCCGGAGAUUAUCACUUGCGCAAUUUCGAGAUGGUGCUUCAGAGUGUCCGCCACCUCGGUCUGAGUAUCCGACUCGAACCUCCUUUUACUUUCGAGUCUAAUGGAUCCGAUCGCGUUAACCCGUCGGUCAGCAUGGCAGUCGGAGUCAUUUCCCGAGCACCAUAUCUUCAAACAAUCCAUCUCAUCGACGGACCUACAAAGGAUGUAGAGCGCACUCUGCCAACGGAUCUGUUCGCGCGAACCCUGCUCUCGGCUCGUCUUAUGCCCUCGUUGCGUAGGCUGAUUCUCGAUGAUGGCCGCAUGGAAGCGCAAGAUCUCGUGCAGAUGGUUGCCAAGCAACCGAGUCUUGAGAAACUGCACCUUGCCAAUUUCGAAAUGUGGAAUACUCGCGGUACGCUAUCGGCUGAGAAGACAGUGCGCGAAUCGUUGCAGCAGAUUACGGGGCUGGGAUCUGUGAUUGUCUGUGAAGAUACGGAGGCGAAGUUUGCGUGGGAGAAUGCCAAGAAGGAGGAUGAGGAGAAUCAGGACGAGGAGAUGGGUGAUGCUGAGGAUGAAGAGUGA